AUGCAACAGGUGUUUAUCUUGGGUGUCAACUUCAGCGAGCAGAAGCUCGUCUCGAAGGCGCUUCAAUCCUUCUAUGCUCUCGGUCCCAGAGCAUGCGAGCGAAUCAUGGCCAAAUACACGAUCUACAGGCUUGCUAAAGUCGGCUCCUUGGCGCCAAAAACAGUCACAUCUCUCACCGCAGAACUCUCUCAGAUGACACUCGACAGCGAUGCAAAGAAAAUCAUGCAGGACAACAUAAGGAGAUUAAAGGAUAUUGGUUCAUUACGGGGUAGACGACAUGCAAUGGGAAUGCCAGUCCGUGGCCAACGCACAAGAACACAAACUGCGACAGCGAAGAAGCUCAACAGGCUCGACCGGAGAUUCUAA